AUGUUUAAUUGCCAAUGCUUCAUUGAAUUCAAAUAUGCUCUAAAAGAUAACUACCUGUUUAUAAAACACGCGAGGAUCAUCCGCGGUAUUUAAUAUCUCCAUAACUAGUUGAUACAAUAUUGUUUUUGAACAACUAGGAAUAACAAGAGGCGUCAGUUUAACGUUGGUUGGCAAAAACUGUCGAAAACAUUAGAAUGGCGGACUGUAGCAAGACUCGGAUAUUGGCAAUCCUAUUAGGUGUUCUCUGCCUGACAUUUGCUGAGGUCAUAGCUGUAUUCAUUAAUCAGGAAUUAAGACAUCGAGAUUCUAAAGAAAAGGAGAUCAACGCUGAAAACAUCAACUCCUUCUUUCCGGGGUACUUCCGAUCCCCCGAGGAGCAGCGGCUAUAUGAGAGUAGAUACAUGAGCGGCUUCACAAACAGAACUGUCGUGGAACCAAGAAUAUCUUAUUUUGAUACGACAUGCGGUUUUAGCUGCAGAAGCACAUUCGCCAAAAAACUGAAGAAGCGACAAUUGGCCGCCGUGGAACACGGAUGUUGUAGAUCGAACGUGGCAUUUAUUGCUCCAAAUAAACGAAGCAAUGUGAAUGGACGCGAACGAACCAUUCUGCAGUUUGGUACAAACAAGCAGUACUUCGCCGUGCACAGCUGCACAGCGUUGCGCUUCUGUAGAGGUUGCCAAUGUUCGCAGGAGAACGGUAUGUAUAUCGGCGUUGCUGUGAAGGAUGGUGUGAAAAAAGUAGACGACCUAGAUGAUGUAGAGCUGGACUUUUUCUACUUUGACGGCUGCUGCAAGUGCAUUAAUGACUAACUUUAUGUUUUCUAUUUCAUUACAUUACAUGCCAAACAUAGAUAAUUUAUUAUUUACCUAUAAAAGGAUAAUAAUGUAAAAAGAAGACAAUGUAGGUGUGCCACAGACGGGAUACUUUAAUCAGAAAUACACUCACAUUCAGGGCAAAUGGUUCCAAGAAAAAAAAAAUGUGCCAGCAAAAUACACCUGGCUUCAAUGUUCUUAUACACAAAUCAAAUAGAAAAAAAACACUGCUAAAGAGCAGUCAUAGAGUCCGGAACCACUGCGGCACCCACUCUCAGACUCAACAUCACUUGCACUGCCAUGGUAACAGAAAAUUACCAAACUGGAAAGAUAAAUAUGCAUGACACAGUAUCCAUAGUAAAUGAAAAUUUGACAAUUUGAAAGAAGUUUAUACUAUCCCGUCUGAGCGUCGAAUGACCAAUUCAAUACUUUAGAAGCACGAGGAAAACUACUUAUUUACGCACGAGUAAACAAAUCUAUACCAAGUAGUACUCCUAUACCGCAGAUAUAAUAAAUACAUUUGUGUUUUCUA